AUUUUCCAAUCGGAGGUGCCAAAUCUUGAAGCAGAAGCUGAUCGAUUAACUACCUGGCUGCGAUACGGGAGCAGCGCAGCUGCAGCGGUUCAAGGAAGCACGAGUCUGGUGAUGCCAGGUCUUAGUGUGGCCGCGUCGAUUAAUGCUAAGGCUGUUUCGGCUCAAUCUUCCAUCUGUGGCUCAGCUAGCUCAGCCAUCGCACCUAUUUCUGUUGCGGCCAAUGCCUCUGUAGUUGGAACAAGUAAUUCAGGUAUCGGGGGGUCAGGUGGCGCCUCCUUCCUUGGUGCCACUUCAUGGGUGUCCAUGAAUCCCGACUUUCAGCAGGUCAUUGCUGUAGAUGGAAAUUAG